CCCAGCUCUUUGAAUAAGGAAGUGCAGCAGAAGGAAAAGUACCAAGUUUAUUGCAUUGUUCCUGCUGCUGAGAAGUCAAGACAUGCUCUCAAUCUGCCGUCUCCUUACACACCGAGCCCAGGUCUCCUCUGCCCUUGUCCGGUAUGCCAGCAAUUUGCAACCCCCUUUCCAGAUUAAACAUCUGGAUCAUUUGGUGCUGACUGUACGGUGCCUGGAGAAAACCGUCAAGUUCUACACUGAGGUCCUGGGCAUGGAAGUCACAACCUUCAAGGGUAACCGCAAAGCUUUGAGCUUUGGAAUACAGAAGAUUAAUCUUCACGAGGCAGGAAAAGAGUUUGAGCCCAAAGCUAACCUUCCUACUCCAGGUUCAGCAGAUCUGUGUCUAAUAACAGAGACUCCAAUAAGCACAGUACUCAAACACCUCCAGGACUGUGGGGUCAAACUCGAAGAAGGGCCAGUGCCACGGACAGGAGCUGUAGGGGAGAUCAUAUCUGUGUAUUUCCGGGACCCUGACCACAAUUUAAUAGAGGUGUCAAAUUAUCACGGAGAUUUAAACAAGAAGUCUUAACCAGAUUUUGUGUACUUGUGUAAAGUGUGCAUUUUUACUAAAUUACUUUUUUUGUUCCACCCCACCAAGUAUAAGAACAUAUGAAGUCUACACCAAUACUUACAUAGCAAAUUCUGUUAAUAAAGUUUAAAACAUAACUAAACAACAGGAAUACAGUUUACUCAUUACAAAUACUGCUUUUGCCCUCUGAUGCUUAGAUCUGACAAUUUACAGCACACUGUGCAUGCUGCAGGGAUCCUCUACCACCAAGAAAGCCACAGGAUAGGGAAUAAAAAGCUCAAUUACAUUUUAAGUUGUAAAACAUAAAAGAAAAAAAUUUCAAAGUAAAGGGUCAUAAAUUUGUAACAUUUCAGAAUAGAGACAGUUUUCAUUGUGUGUAUGGAUCUGUUUAGGGUUUAGUGACCACUUACAUAUUACAUUCUGUAAAUUUUAUCAUUGAAACAGCAAUGCACUGUUCUAACAGACCAAAAAUAAAUAAAAAACAUAGGCAUACAGGGUAUUUUCAAAAUCAGG